AUACUGGGAAAAAAAAAAAAGUUCUUCCUUACUACAAAUGGGAAACACGAUGAGCAACAGAUGGGGCUGGAGGUGGGCGUGUGUGCGCAGUGGGGAAGGUAUCCAUGACCACUUGAGGCUGUCAGGCGGUUCAGGAGUGUCCACCACUAAUCACCACCUCCACCAGGCCUGCCCCUCCCUGACGCCGGACGGGCAGAACCAGUUCUGGGUGUUACAGGAUGGCCCCAGGCCCAGGGCUGCUCCUGGAUAAGCUGCAAAAGCUUCCCUUCUGAGGAGGAGCUUCUGGCCCCGGCAUGCACCCUUAGACACGCAGCUCUGAGCCACGGGUCUCGGAGUACAGACGUCGGGCGGGCAGCCGCGUGGAAUCCCGGAAACCAAGCUCGUAUCCACCCGGGCGAGGGAGACGCGGGUGAUGGAGGGGAGGCUUGUUUGCAAGGAGCCUUUAGAGUGUCGCCUGAUUUGACAUCACGAGUCCAUUUACCUCCCUUUUUUUGGGACAGGGACGUUCGGGCGCGUGCAGCUAGUCCAGGAGAAGACGAGCAAGCAUUUCUUCGCCCUGAAGGUGAUGACCAUCCCCGACAUCAUCCGCCUGAAGCAGGAACAGCACGUCCACAAUGAGAAGUCGGUGCUCAAGGAAGUCAACCACCCGUUCCUGGUCAAACUGUUCUGGACGGGCCAUGACGACCGCUUCCUCUACAUGCUGAUGGAGUUCGUGCCGGGCGGCGAGCUCUUCAGCUAUCUGCGGAACCGCGGCCGCUUCACCAGCAACACCGGGCUGUUCUACGCGGCCGAGAUUGUCUGCGCCAUCGAGUACCUGCACUCCCGGGACAUCGUCUACAGGGACCUGAAGCCGGAGAACAUCCUGCUAGACAGGGACGGCCACGUCAAGCUCACCGACUUUGGGUUCGCCAAGAAGCUGGUGGACAAGACGUGGACCCUCUGCGGGACCCCCGAGUACCUGGCCCCCGAGGUCAUUCAGAGCAAGGGCCACGGCCGAGCGGUGGACUGGUGGGCGCUCGGCAUCCUGAUAUUCGAGAUGCUGUCAGGGUUUCCUCCGUUUUUCGAUGACAACGCCUUUGGCAUUUAUCAGAAGAUUCUUGCUGGCAAGAUAGACUUCCCCAGACAUUUGGAGUUCACUGUCAAAGACCUCAUCAAGAAACUGCUUGUUACCGACAGGACGAAAAGACUGGGAAACAUGAAGAACGGAGCCGAGGACGUCAAACAGCACCGGUGGUUCCGGCUCGUGGACUGGGGCGCGGUCCCCGAAAGGAAGCUGAAGCCCCCCAUCGUCCCCAAGCUGUGCGGUGAAGACGAUACCUCCAACUUCGAGGCGUAUCCCGAGAACGACUGGGCUUCUGCCCCGCCCGUGUCACAGAAAGAGCUGGAUGUCUUCAAGAAUUUCUGAGCUCGGGACUCCCCCGCCUGGAAGACACAGGGUGAUCUGAGCCUGCCGGGACACACAGUGGCCCCCGCCAUGGGUCAGGGUCGGCCCCCAUGGCCAGCCCGAGGAAGCAUCUUCUUCUUGGAGGAAGGAUAUUUCCACCUUUGUAUAUGCCCGGAUGUGUAUAAAGAGAUUGCAGAGCUGUUGACGUUCGUGGCCCUGGAAUUAUUUAAUCUACUGGAAAUCGACUGCACAGUAGGACACUUUGAACAUUUCAUUUGGUUGUAGGUUUUCUGCUUUUUAGCCCUGUGUGUUCCUACUGGAAUAUCUUGGUUUCGUUUUUUUUUUGUUUUUCCCUCAUAGACUUGACUUUUUAUGUUUGAGCUGAACUUGUUCAGAUUUAACCACAAAUUGUGUGUGUGUGUGUGUGUGUGUGCGUUUGCUCAUGUCUGUGUAUAAAAAAGGCGGUAUGCUUGGAGCUCAGAAAUUGUGUAGUGAUGUACAUGU